AUGAACCCUUCGCAGGCAUCGUCAACGGAUCCAUUCAUCGCUGUUACCUUGCAAUCGAUGAAUAUCGAUACCAAUGAAACAUUGUGGCAAUCGAACCUAUGGAGUGUUUACCUAGUCACGGACAAUCCAUCUACUACGGGCACUGUGAAAACCAUGUUCGAAGUGGCUGAUUGGAAUAAAAAAUCGAUUGAAAGAAGUCGACGGGACUGGAGUGAUGCGGACAUUCGAAUGCAAGUUAGCCUCUUGAAUCUGCAUAAGGACUCGACAGGUGUCUCCAUGACACUCGUCCCCAAUCCCAUUGAUCCUCAGACCGGGACUUGGAUUGGUGGAUUUCUUCUUUUACUGUUAUAUGUCUUGAUCGCAUUUGAGAUCACAGAUCGUGCAUUCGCCGCAAUCCUUGUGUCUGCAACGGCUAUAGGUUUUCUCUGCAUGAUGGACUUGCGACCAACAUUUCAUACAAUUCUCUCGUGGAUCGAUAUUGACACACUAAUGCUACUCUUUGGCAUGAUGGUCAUGGUAGCAAUCCUCUCGGAUACAGGUCUGUUCGAUUAUCUUUCCUUGUUCGCAUAUCGCCUGUCGCAAGGCAAGAUUUGGUUUCUCCUAUUUUACUUGUACAUGUUCACUGGCCUUCUCUCGGCCCUCCUGGACAAUGUGACUAUGGUGCUGAUGAUAGUCCCAGUGACAAUUCGACUUUGCGAGGCUGUGGGACUGCACACCAUCUUGGUUGUCGUCAAUAUUGUGAUUUUCUCGAAUGUUGGAGGAACUCUAACGCCAGUAGGCGAUCCCCCAAACAUGAUUAUCGCAACCAAUAAAGAUGUUAUCAACUCUGGUGUCGAGUUUGGAAACUUUACGUUGCAUAUGUUUCCCGGCGUAAUCCUGAGUAUGCUGAUUAUUUUCUUGAUUAUGUACUUUACUACUCGUAAUAUCAUCUAUACUGGUCGAGCUAGUCAGCUGCGGCAAUCCAUAGAGGCUCUUGAGCGUGUGGCGCGAAACAUGAAAGAUAAGGAAAGAGAGAGUGCAAUGAGGAGGAUCUCUGAACUAAAGGAGCGUUUGAAGGGCCAUGAGGCUAAUACAACGACGGCUAAUAUGGACUUUGACUCCAAUUUGAAUGACAUGAAAAGGAAGUACAAAAUCAAGGAUAAAGUACUGCUGUUCAAAUGUGUCGUUGCCUUCGUAUUUGCCGUCUUGAUGUUUCUGCUACAUUCAGUGCCCUCCCUGCACGGCAUCACUUUAGCCUGGGCCGCCGUCUUGGCCGCAUUACUGCUUCUCAUUUUGGCUGACCGACCAGACGUGGACAAAGUGCUGGAGCGUGUGGAGUGGUCUACUUUAAUCUUCUUCGCCGGACUAUUCGUUUUCACCGAGGCCCUUGUCGAAUUAGGUUUGAUUGAACGGGUGAGCAACAUGACCAUUGACGUUAUAAAGAAUGUGAACGAGGAAUCGCAAUUGCUUGUGAGCAUUUUAUUGGUUCUGUGGAUCAGUGCUAUUGGCGCCUCCUUUGUCGGCAACAUUCCCAUAACGACCAUGAUGCUUAAGCUGAUCAUUAAUCUGGCGAGCAACGAGAAACUUAAACUUCCCCUGCAGCCCUUGGUAUGGGCUAUCGCCUUUGGUGCCUGCUUCGGUGGCAAUGGAACUCUGAUUGGCGCCUCGGCUAACGUAGUUUCUGCAGGCAUCGCAACUCAAUACGGCCACAACAUUGAUUUCAAACACUUUUUUAUUAUUGGGUUCCCCGUAAUGGUGCUAACGGUAGUCAUAGCUUCGAUAUACUUACUUAUAGUGCACUGCUGGUUUACCUGGCACUAA